AUGGUCACUGGAACAUUGGCUGGCAUGGUGUUAGAGGGGCUUGGUGACGGUGACGUUGUAAAUAAUAUGUAUGAACCCGACCCGGACCUGCUGGCCGGCCAGAGUGCCGAGGAGGAGACCGAGGACGGCAUCCUGUCCCCCAUCCCUAUGGGGCCACCGUCCCCCUUCCCCACCAGUGAGGACUUCACUCCCAAGGAGGGUUCGCCCUAUGAGGCUCCUGUCUACAUUCCUGAAGACAUUCCAAUCCCACCAGACUUCGAGCUUCGAGAAUCCUCCAUCCCAGGAGCUGGCCUGGGGAUCUGGGCCAAGCGGAAGAUGGAAAUUGGGGAGAGGUUUGGCCCCUACAUGGUGGCGCCCCGGGCCGCACUGAAGGAUGCCGACUUUGGAUGGGAGCAGAUGCUGACGGAUACAGAGGUGUCAUCCCAGGAGAGCUGCAUCAAAAAGAUCUCUGAAGAUUUGGGCAGCGAGAAGUUCUGCGUGGAUGCCAAUCAGGCGGGGGCUGGCAGCUGGCUCAAGUACAUUCGUGUAGCCUGUUCCUGUGAUGACCAAAACCUCGCCAUGUGUCAGAUCAACGAACAGAUUUACUACAAAGUCAUUAAGGACAUAGAGCCUGGAGAGGAACUGUUGGUGCAUGUGAAAGAAGGUGCCUACUCCUUGGGUGUCAUGGCCCCAAGCCUGGAUGAGGACCCCACGUUCCGCUGUGACGAGUGUGACGAACUCUUCCAGUGCAGGCUGGACCUGAGGCGCCACAAGAAGUAUGCAUGCAACUCUGCAGGGGGCCCACUCUACGAAGGCCUAGGGGAGGAGCUCAAGCCUGAGGGCCUUGGCGGGGCCAGCGAUGGGCAAGCACAUGAGUGCAAGGACUGCGAGCGGAUGUUCCCCAACAAAUACAGCUUGGAGCAACACAUGAUCGUCCACACAGAAGAGCGUGAGUACAAAUGUGACCAGUGUCCCAAGGCCUUCAACUGGAAGUCCAACCUCAUCCGUCACCAGAUGUCUCACGACAGUGGCAAGCGCUUCGAAUGUGAAAACUGUGUCAAGGUGUUCACAGACCCCAGCAACCUCCAGCGUCACAUACGCUCGCAGCACGUCGGUGCCCGGGCCCAUGCCUGCCCUGACUGCGGCAAGACCUUCGCCACAUCCUCUGGCCUCAAACAGCACAAGCAUAUCCACAGCACCGUGAAGCCAUUCAUAUGCGAGGUCUGCCACAAGUCCUACACGCAGUUCUCCAACCUGUGCCGGCACAAGCGGAUGCACGCUGACUGCAGAACGCAGAUCAAGUGCAAGGACUGUGGGCAAAUGUUCAGCACUACCUCCUCCCUCAACAAGCAUCGGAGAUUCUGCGAGGGCAAGAACCAUUACACGCCAGGCGGCAUCUUCACCCCAGGCUUGCCCUUGACCCCCAGCCCCAUGAUGGACAAGACGAAACCCUCCCCGACCCUCAACCACGGGGGCCUAGGCUUCAGCGAGUACUUCCCCUCCAGACCUCAUCCUGGGAGCCUGCCCUUCUCAGCUGCCCCUCCGGCCUUCCCCACACUCACCCCAGGCUUCCCGGGCAUCUUUCCUCCAUCCCUGUACCCACGACCACCUCUGCUACCUCCCACGCCGCUGCUCAAGAGCCCCCUGAACCACGCGCAGGACGCCAAGCUACCCAGCCCGCUGGGAAACCCAGCCCUGCCCCUCGUCUCUGCGGUCAGCAAUAGCAGCCAGGGCGCCACAGCGGCCACCGGGCCAGAGGAGAAAUUCGAUGGCCGCUUGGAAGAUACAUAUGCGGAGAAGGUCAAAAACAGGAGCCCUGACAUGUCGGAUGGCAGUGACUUUGAGGAUAUCAACACCACUACCGGGACAGACUUGGACACCACCACGGGCACAGGGUCGGACCUGGACAGCGACCUGGACAGUGACAGAGACAAAGGCAAGGACAAGGGGAAGCCAGCAGAGAGCAAACCUGAGUUUGGGGGUACAUCGGUGACCCCUGGGGCCAUGAACAGUGUGGCCGAGGUGCCAGCCUUCUACUCACAACAUUCCUUCUUCCCGCCGCCUGAGGAGCAGCUGCUGACGGCCUCCGGAGCCGCCGGCGACUCCAUCAAGGCCAUCGCGUCCAUCGCCGAGAAAUACUUCGGUCCCGGCUUCAUGAGCAUGCAGGAGAAGAAGUUGGGCUCGCUGCCCUACCACUCUGUGUUCCCCUUCCAGUUCCUGCCUAACUUCCCCCACUCCCUCUACCCCUUUACGGACCGAGCCCUCGCCCACAACUUGCUGGUCAAGGCCGAGCCAAAGUCACCCCGGGAUGCCCUCAAGGUGGGCGGCUCCAGUGCCGAGUGCCCCUUCGACCUCACCACCAAACCAAAAGAGGCUAAACCUGCCCUGCUCACACCCAAGGUCCCCCUCAUCCCCUCCUCUGGCGAGGAACAGCCACUGGACCUGAGCAUCGGCAGCAGGGCCCGGGCGAGCCAGAACGGAGGCAGCCGUGAACCGCGGAAGAACCACGUCUACGGUGAACGGAAGCCGGGGCUUGGCGAGGGGCUGCCUAAGGUGUGCCCGGCACAGCUGCCCCAGCAGCCCUCCCUGCACUACGCCAAACCCUCACCCUUCUUCAUGGAUCCUAUUUACAGCAGGGUAGAAAAGCGGAAGGUGGCAGACCCUGUGGGAGUCCUGAAAGAGAAGUACCUGCGACCAUCCCCACUACUGUUCCACCCCCAGAUGUCAGCCAUAGAAACCAUGACGGAGAAGCUGGAGAGCUUUGCAGCCAUGAAGGCCGACUCAGGCAGCUCCCUGCAGCCCCUGCCUCACCACCCCUUCAACUUCCGCUCCCCACCCCCAACGCUCUCGGAUCCCAUCCUCAGGAAGGGCAAGGAGAGAUACACGUGCAGGUACUGUGGCAAGAUCUUCCCCAGAUCUGCGAAUCUCACAAGACAUCUGAGGACACACACCGGGGAGCAGCCAUACAGGUGCAAGUACUGUGACCGGUCAUUCAGCAUCUCCUCCAACCUCCAGCGGCACGUGAGGAACAUCCACAACAAAGAGAAGCCGUUCAAGUGCCACCUGUGCAACCGCUGCUUCGGGCAGCAGACCAACCUAGACCGGCACCUGAAGAAGCACGAACACGAAGGUGCACCAGUGAGCCAGCACUCCGGGGUGCUCACGAACCACCUGGGCACCAGCGCCUCCUCCCCCACCUCCGAGUCGGACAACCAUGCACUUUUAGAUGAGAAGGAAGAUUCCUACUUCUCCGAGAUCCGAAACUUCAUUGCCAACAGCGAGAUGAACCAGUCGUCCACUCGAAUGGACAAACGGCCUGAGCUCCAAGACCUGGACAGUAACCCACCGUGUUCAGGCUCGGCCAGUGCAAAGCCAGAAGAUGUGGAGGAGGAGGAAGAGGAGGAGCUGGAGGAAGAGGACGAUGACAGCUUAGCCGGGAAGUCACAGGAGGACACAGUGUCCCCCACACCUGAGCCCCAAGGAGUCUAUGAAGAUGACGAGGAUGAGGAGCCCAGCCUGACCAUGGGCUUUGACCAUUCCCGAAGGUGUGUUGAGGAGCGAGGAGGCGGCCUGUUAGCUUUGGAGCCGACGCCGACCUUUGGGAAGGGGCUGGAUCUCCGCAGAGGAGCUGAGGAAGCAUUUGAAGUUAAAGAUGUGCUUAAUUCUACCUUAGAUUCUGAGGUUUUAAAACAAACCCUGUACAGGCAGGCUAAGAACCAGAGCUCACUGGAUGCUUGGUUGAACAUCACAGGACCCUCGUCAGAGUCCGGAGCCUUUAACCCCAUCAAUCACCUCUGAGGUCCUGGAGGCCCCAGGGCCAGAGUCCAAAGCCAGGGUACCAGCUGCGGGAGAUGGAGAAGGGGCCAGGGAGCAGCCCCUGACACCUUCACUUUGCCUCGACUCUGCUUCCGACCCCAGCCGCCAUGGCUCAAGUCCAGCUUCUUCAGUGAAACUCAAACCCCGAAGGUCCCUGGAGUAGCCGCUGACCUUCGUCACCUCUCAGAACUGGCCUCAAGGACGUGAUCUGAAGUGGGUGCAGUGCACGGCCACCCAGGAGCUGCUCACAGGAGCUGUGGAUCAGAAAACUCAUGGGCAAGGGUGGGGUUUCCAUCCCAUCGGGAGCCGGUUGGCCGCAUCUGGGCAACUGCGUGGUAUGGGAGAGAAGAUCAGAAAGACGAGUACAAGUGCUGUGGAGAGAGACCUUUCAAAUGAUUUUUAUAAUGAGAAUCACAUGAUUAACCCUUUUGGUAAUCUUACUGACUAUAGAGUCUAUUUAAGCAUGUGGGUUUUUAAAAAAUAGUAUUUUUUAAAAAUCAAAAAAAAAUG